GUGCAAUAUUGAAUGAGUCAUAUUUUGAUAAGGUGCGUGCAUGGGGAUGUCCACGUCACCCAGAGACAUGCCCAUGCUGUAGCGAUACACCUAGCAGACUGAAACUUCACUGUUCUAGGCAUAGUACAGCUUUCUAGACUUGCGCUGGUAAACAAAUCCAUUACAUUAGCUAACUAAUGUGAAGUAAACUGAACUGAGGAGUAACAGAGAAUGGAGACUUUUAACUUGAAAACGUGCAGGAUAACUCUUUCCGUUUUCCCUGACUGACGUUUUUUUUAUACUGUGUUAUGCUUGUUUGCGUGAAACUCCUCAUAGGCCGUUUGGUGUACUUUUUUUGUUGUUGGUGAGAUGAAACUGCCAAAACUCCGAAAGAUAUCCAGUAAUAAUCAUGAUACUCAAGAGAACAGUUGAAAUGUUCCAUUUCUUGAGAGUUCUUCUGAUGCUGUUAAAUGUUUCUUUUUGCUAUCUUGAAAUACCCUUCAAAAUAACUGGAGAGCACUUGGCCGCAAAGGAGGGUUCCUGCAUUACAAUCAAAUGCACUGCUACCCACUUGGUGAAAGAUGAACAAGAGCAAUGGUUUUGGAUGAAAAAUGCAAAGUGGAAUGAAACCAUGAUGGAUUUCACUGGCACAAUUGUAAACGGUAACAUGAAGGCCCAAACCCCUGCCCCUGAAUUUGCAGACAGAGUAAAGUACAUUGGUUCUGUGAAUUUUGGAUGGGCCGCACAAAGCGACUGCAGCCUAUUCAUCAACAACCUGGAAAAGACUGACAGUGGGAUCUACAAAUUCAGAUAUAUAGGAAAGAGUGGAAAAUGGAUGACUGAAGCAGGUCUGAAUCUUACAGUUGAAGAUGAUCCGUGCCAGGUUAGAGUUCAGAAGUUGAAACCAUCAACAGUUAAAGAGUCUGAGCCUGUGACCAUUCGAUGCUUCACGUCAAGGACAUGUGGAUCACACCCAGAGUUCACAGGGCUUGGUCAGACCGUAAUGCCUGUUCACACCAACGAGGUUAACCGUACAAGCAGUGCGGUCAGCUUUAAUGCUAGCUGGCAGGAUGAUGGGAGGGUGCUCUCCUGUCAACCACAGGGGACCAAAGACCAGUGUGUGAGGAAGAGCAUCGAGCUGACGGUUGAAUAUGCCCCUAAGGAGACGAAGGCUGUUGUAGAUGUGUCAAAUGUCAAGGAAGGACAGACUGUCACCCUCACUUGUUCCAGCAGAGGGCACCCCAAUGCUACCUACUCCUGGUUUAAAGACAGUCAAAAGACCAAAUUCAGUGGAACAGAAUUGUUGAUCCGAUCUAUCACAUCUACACAGGGCGGGAAUUACUACUGCAAAGCUGUAAACCAACAUGGGACCCACGACUCAAACGUUGUUACAAUAAAUGUUAAAUAUGCUCCUGUCGGGGUGCACAUUGAAACAUAUAAGGAUCUCUCUACAAUCAAAGAAGGAGAUCAAAUCAAAUUAACUUGCAUGGUGCAGCAAAGCAACCCUGAAGUGCGUUCAUGGUCUUGGUUCAAAGACAACAACAAAAUAACCAAUGCUUUAAAGGAGUACACCUUCAGCAGUGUACAGCCAAAGGACAAAGGUCGUUACUCCUGUGAGGCGAGGAAUGAUGUUGGCAGUAGAAGGUCAUCAUCAAUAUAUGAGAUAACGGUUUCUUAUGUUCCAAGAGGCACUCGCAUCACCCAAAGCGGAGGUUACCACGGCAACCAGGUGAAGGCAGGCUCUCAGCUAUAUCUCACCUGUGAGGCUGAUGCCCAUCCUGCCCCCGGUGUCUACACCUGGUACCAUCAUAGUGGAGUAUUACCACAGAGACUACGCUCCCUCACAGACCACACACAGGCCCUAUCCUGGGUUAGGGUGGGCGUAACAGACGAGGGGUGUUACAUGUGUAGGGCCACCAAUGACAUCGGCACGGGACAGAACAGCAGCAUGUCAUGCUUCCGUGUUCUAUAUGGCCCAACCAAACCAGUGCUUUCGAUGGUGCGUACGGCCCAGGAGGGCCACCUGGUUCGUAUCAACUGCACUGUGCAGAGUUUCCCAGACUCUCUGCUCACUCUGACAUGGACUCCACGUCCCUCUGUCUCACCUAUGUCUAGCUCCCUUCUUCAAAUGCAGCCUCAACCAGUUCCUGGGUUCCUCCAACAUUCUACCAAUGUUGUCUGGGGUUCUUUUAAUGUUACAUUCCUGCAAGGAGGGGUUUACACCUGUAGAGCUCAGAACUCUGAGGGGAAGAACAGCGCAGAGGAGGAGCUGGAGAUUACAUACAGCCCCAAAAAUGUGACGGCCUCUGCUCACCCUGACACGGUCGUGACUGAAAACAGCCAGCUGGUUCUUACCUGCACGACUCGUUCCAACCCCCGUGCCACCAACUACACCUGGCUCCGGAUCAUCGCAGGAGAGACCAGGAUAGUGGGGCUGGUCCAGAAGUUGACGGUGAUGUCCACAACCCCUUCCCAUAGUGGACCAUACACGUGCACUGCCCAGAACCCCUUAGGAACUGGGAAAUCCCAAGAGGUUGACAUUAAAGUCAAGUAUGCUCCAAAGCUCACAGAGGUCAUUCACAACAUGACCAAUAGGUGGCAGAGUGAUGGAGGGAGCCCUGUGGCACUGACCUGCCACAGUCACAGUUACCCCCGUGUCGACAACUACAAGUGGUACAGGCUGGUCGAGGAAAGGGAGCAUUUCAUUAUCAAUCACCAGAACAUCACUGUUCACCCAGACAAGCCCGGGACGUACUACUGUGUCGCUAUCAAUAGCAUGGGGGGGAAAGAAUCUGAAAGAGUCAAGCUGUUUCUCAACCGAAGUGUCUUCCAUGUCCUCUCUCUCGUCCUUCCUUUCUGCUGUGUUCCGCUUCUUCUUUUACUCAUCUUUCUGGUCUACAGACACAAGAGAAACAAAUCGAUCCAGCAGGGGACAUCAAAUAAACUGCCAUGUUGUGUUCACUUUGGUUUUCUGGGCUGGCGUAAUGGAACAAGUGAGAACCUGGUGAGUGAAGGGGGUGCAGCGGCAUCAGACCCCCCGGGGAGCAGCAGAGAUCAGCUGUGGCCAGACGGCCCGUACCACCCAGAGCCUCUGCCCCAACCGCAGCAUCCCCAUCCCAGCAGGACGUUGUGUCCAAACAGCACGUCGACCUCUGACAUAUACACUGCAUACAGUGUUCUGAAGGUACCAGGUGGAAAGCAGGGUCUUUCACCAAGCCAUCCAAUCAGAAACAAAGAUGAACACACUGGACAAACGCAGGAACCUGAAGUCAACUAUGCCUCGCUGCAAUUCAGGGGCCAGGAGAUGGGUAGCUUGGGUCCGAGAGACCAAGCAAGAGAGGGCGACGUCUAUGCUAAGGUUGGCAAGCCAAAGCUGAAGGAAAAGACUAAUAAGUGCAAUGACUACGAGAACAUUAAGGAAGUGUGUGUUUCGAAGCCCCAAAUCGAGCCAAACAUGGACAAGGAGACAGGGAGCAGUGAGGAGGACGUGGAGAUCAGCUACUCUGAGGUCAUGUUCAGAGCAAAGCCAGGACACCAGACAGUCUGUAGUUCUGACCCUCGCCACCGCAGGGCAGGCCACAGCAGCAGCUCAGAUGAAGAAGACUACACAACCCAGUACUCUGAUGUUAAAAUAUAAGAGGAAGUUUCAUUCAUAGUCCAAAAAAAGUAUUAAGGUUUGUUUGUAAAUAUUUGUAUCACAACUACAGUACCAGUCAAAAGUUUGGACACACCUACUCAUUUAAUGGUUUUUCUUUAUUUUUACUAUUUUCUACAUUGUAGAAUAAUAGUGAAGACAUCAACAUUCUGAAAUAACAAAUAUGGAAUCAUGGAGUAACUAAAAAAGUGUUAAACAAAUAAAAAUGUAUGUUAUAUUUGAGAUUAUUCAAAGUAGCCACCCUUUGCCUUGAUGACAGUUUUGCACACUCUUGGCAUUCUCUCAACCAGUUUCAUGAGAUAGUCACCUGGAAUGCAUUUCAAUUAACAGGUGUGCUUUGUUAAAAGUUAAUUUGUGGAAUUUAUAUCCUUCUUAAUGCGUUUGAGCCAAUCAGUUAUGUUGUGACAAGGUAGGGGUGAAGAUAGCCCUAUUUGGUAAAAUACCAAGUACAUAUUAUGUCAAGAACAGCUCAAAUAAGCAAAAUGAAAUGGCAGUCCAUCAUUAAUUUAAGACAUGAAGGUAAUUUAAUCUGGAACAUUUCAAGAACUUUGAAAGUUUCUUCAAAUGAUGUCGCAAAAACCAUCAUACACUAUGAUGAAACUGGCUCUCAUGAGGACACGCCAAAGGAAAGGAAGACCCAGAGUUACCUCUGCUGCAGAGGAUAAGUUUAUUAGAGUUAACUGCACAUCACAUUGCAGCCCAAAUAAAUGCCUCACAGAGUUCAAGUAACAGGCACAUCUCAACAUCAAGUGUUUAGAGGAGACUGCAUGAAUCAGGCCUUCAUGGUCGAAUUGCUGCAAAGAAACCACUACUAAAGGACACCAAUAAUAAGAAGAGACUUGCUUGGGCCAAGAAACAUGAGCAAUGCACAUUAGACCGGUGGAUAUCUAUCCUUUGGUCUGAUGAGUCCAAAUUUGUGAUUUUUGGUUCCAACUGUUGUCUUUGUGAGAUGCAGAGUAGGUGAACGGAUUAUCUCCGCAUGUGUGGUUACAAUCCGUGACGCGUGGGGGAGGUAGUGUUAUGGUGUGGGAGUGCUUUGCUGGUGACACUGUCCCUGAUUUAUUUAGAAUUCAAGGCACGCUUAACCAGCAUGGCUACCACAGCAUUCUGCAGCGAUACACUGUCCCAUCUGGUUUGUGCAUAGUGGGACAAUCAUUUGUUUUCCAACAUGUCAAUGACCCGAAACACACCUCCAGGCUGUGUAAGAGCUAUUUGACCAAGAAGGAGAGUGAUGGAGUGCUGCAUCAGAUGACCUGGCCUCCACAAUCACCCGACCUCAACCCAAUUGAGAUGGUUUGGGAUGAGUUGGACCGCAGAGUGAAGAAAAAGCAGCCAACAAGAGCUCAGCAUAUGUGGGAACGCCUUCAAGACUGUUGGAAAAGCAUUCCUCAGAAUUCCAAGAGUGUACAAAGCUGUCAUCAAGACAAAGGAUGGUUACUUUGAAGAAUAUAAAAUUUGUUCAACACUUUUUUGGUUACUACAUGAUUCCAUAUGUGUAAUUUCAUCAUUUUGUUGUCUUCACUAAUAUUCAACAAUGUAGAAAAUAGUAAACAUAUAGAAAAACCUUGAAUGAGUGUGUCCAAACUUUUGACUAGUGCUUUACAUCUGGAUUGUUAGCAAUAAAAACACAUUCAAGUACCGGUAGUUGCCUUAACUGUACUUUGAAAUUACAAGUCAGUCAAGACCAAAAUGGCAGAAAACAGAGUUUAUUGACGUCAUUCAAAGUGGGUUUGAACAUCGUGUGGUACAUCAAUGCAAUGUGUGCUUACUUGGCUGUCAAAACAGAAAUGCUUCACUGUUUAGAAAUGUCCCGUAUUACAGGAUGUGCUAUUGUGUAGAUGCUAUGCAACUAACACCAUGUCUUCAUAUUUGUUUAACAUUGCAAUGUGCAUCAUUACUGACUUCUGACCUCACAUAGUUACUGAAUCAUGCUGAAAUUACUGACUGCUUGUAACCUGUAUUCACCUGUAUUCCGCUUUAAACAUUGUAAAUACAUUUUCAAUAAAAAAAGACAAUAAAAACAAUAAUACAACAUGUUGAAGUGAUUCAUAACCAUCACACACAUUUUGUAAGUCCAUAAAUACG